AUGGCGAGUGCGAUUGGAGGACUCGUGAAGCGUUCGAUGGAGAAGAUCGGUGUGUGGAAUUUGUUGCUGUUAUCGACAUUUCCGGCUCUGGGUUACUCAAUCAUUCAGAUGGAAAGAGAAGUCCAAGAGCUAAGGGUGUUUACGAAGAACAAGUAUGAGGAACUCAAGGCCAAAGGAAUCAUCACAUAG